GGAUGGCACUAAACACUGAGCCCCUCAGGAUGGUGUUGAUUGGGAAGACUGGCAGUGGAAAGAGUGCGACAGGAAACACACUGAUGGGAAAAGAAUGCUUUAAUUCUAAGGUCAGCCAAAGAUCAGUGACCAGAGGUUGCCAAAAAGUUACAGGAGAGAUUGAUGGGCGUCCAGUCACUGUGGUCGACACACCUGGCUUAUUCGACACGACUCUGUCCAACGAUGCAGUGAAACAAGAACUUGUGAAAUGCAUCACCAUGUUGUCUCCCGGACCUCAUGUGUUCUUACUGGUGGUCCAGAUCGGCCGCUUUACGCAAGAAGAAAAAGACACUGUGGCACUGCUCAAGAAGUUUUUUGGCAAGAGGUCAGAAGACUUCAGCAUUGUUAUAUUCACGAGAGGAGAUGAUCUUAAAAAACAAACGAUUGAUAGAUACAUUGAGGAAGACAGCGAAGACGUUCUCAAACAGCUGAUCACUGAAUGUGGAGGAAGAUACCACGUCUUCAACAACAACGAGCAGAACGAUCGCUCUCAAGUCAGCGAGCUAUUGAACAAGGUUGAGCUGAUGAUGAGGAAAAAUGGUGGCAGCUACUACACCUCCGAGAUGUUCCAGGAGGCGGAGGCUGCUAUUCAAAAGGAAAUGAAGAAGAUUAUGAAGGAGAAAUCAGGAAAGAUAGAGAGAGAACAGAAGGACUUGAAAUUAAAACAUGAGGAAAAAGUCAAGAAGAAAAAAUCAUCAGAGCUAAUAGCCAGAUAUGAAAAAGAAAUAGCACUGAGAGCCCAGAAAGUCAAAGAGAAGAAGGAACACAUCAGUAAGGAGGAGGAGAAGAUGAAGAGAGAACGAAUUAAGAGGGAAGAGGAAGAAAGAAAGGAGAAAAAGCAGGAGGAAAUCCAGCAACGUGAGUGGAAACAAAAAGAUGAAGCUCUGCAGACAAAGAUUAGAUAUGUAAUAGAUCGCAGCGCAAUAGCUGACAGGAUGUUACGCAGCAGAGAAGACAUGAAAAAAGAACGAGAGGCAUGGGAGCAGGAAAGGAAGGAAUGGUGGGAAAAACGACAUCGUGAGGACGAACAGAAAUACGAGGAGGAGCAAAGACGACUUAAAAAGCUCAGAGAAGAAUACGAGCAGGAAAUUGAACGAUAUGAAAUGCAAAGAAAAAAAGAUCAACUGAGGAAAGAACAAGAGGAAAGAGAACGGAAAGAAGUCCAAGAAAACUACAAGAAGCAACUGGAGGAAAUACUGAGGAGAAAUCAAGAGGAGGCCAGGAAGCAAGCGGAGGAAUGCAAUGACUUCAGACACAGGUAUGGCACUGAUGUCUCAGCUGAGAUGGAAAAGUAUGGAAAGGAAAUGGAGGAGAUGAAGCUGAAGCAACAAAAACAAAAUGACUACAUGAUCAGCCAGCUGAGGAGAAACAAGGCGUAUCAGAAAGACUUUGACAAGCUCAAGCAGAAACAAAAACAAGAGAUGGACGCCCUGGAAAAGUUAUUCUUUCUCCACAACAAAGAAGAUCAACAAAGGGAAAUUGAUGAGCUGAUGAAAAUUCAUCAGGAGGAAAUAAAAGACUGGAUACAGGAACACGUAGAGAAAGCCACAGAAGACAGGUCGUGUAUUAUCCUGUAAGACGUUUUUAAAGCAUCGACUGACAUUAUAUUCCCUUAUACUUGUUUAUUUGUGUUUACGUGUGCUGCUGAGAUGACGUUACUACAUUUAACUAAAGUUUGAUGUUGAAAAUAUGAAUAAUGUGACACAUGUAAGAGAAAAUUCUGCAGUGUAAUUAAAGUGAUUAAGAAAGCUGAAGAAGUUAAAACGUGUAAAUGCUCAAACUACAGAAGUUAGAAGUCAGGGUGGGACCUUGCUUGAUAUAAAGGUUCAGCUAAAGUUAUGUGAAACCAAUGACACUUUUAGUUUUGAAUAAAAAAUUUUAGAAAUAUAAA